GGAAAAUAAUUUCUGUCAAACCUAAUUCUUUUUCAAUCUAUCAUAGAAACGUUCUGUUUGGUAGUCAAGAAAGCUGAGUAAAACAGAAAGGAAAACAAAUUUCAUAUUUUCCUUCUUCAUUUGUUCAAAAACCUAACUCCAUUUCCUCUAUCUCCUACUGAAUUCAACUGAAACAUGUCGAAGUUCGAGUUUCCGAGACUCUCCCGCUCGGAAAUAGUGACGAUAUUGGCAGAGUCACAAAUCGCCAAUAUAACCGAAAACGACCUCAAGAACCCAAACGCAGAUUUCUUAUCGGAUCUAUACACCCGACUUCUCAUCCAUCUUGAUCUUCUUCAAGAAGAAGAUCAAGGGCAAGUUGAGUUCGCUGCUCUGGAGCAGCUUGAGAACCCAGACCAUCACGUAGACUCGGUUAGGAUCAUGAAUUUGUGCAUUAGAAUAAGAGAGAUGGUGAGCAUGGUGGGUUGCAAACUGCAAUUUACUCUCAAAGAUCUUUUGAGACCGCAGGGAGACCGGACUGAAUUUUAUUUAAGUGCAAUUCUCAAUUUCUGUCUUCACAG